CUCUCUCUCCUCGCUCCGUACGGUCUUCUCUUUGUCUUCCGCGAGAAGCUUCCUCCUCUUGUGUUUUCUUAUCCUUCUUCUUCAUUAAGCCCCAAAGCCACAAAGCUUGUUGUGGAGAUGUUCUUAUAGCGAUCGAAUGCUUCGGAAUCCUUAUAGGGUUCUUGAUAUUUCCGAUUGACGUCACUUCUGGGUGGAUUUAGUUGUGGUAGAGAGCAGGUGGGGAUUUGGACGGCUCGAGGUAGGGUUCCGUAGCUUCGACUUGUGGUGGUGGUAGCCGAUGAUUCGCCCGGGGAAGCUGCCGGUGGGGUUCCGUUUCCACCCCACGGAUGAGGAGCUCGUCAGCCACUACCUCAGGGGUAAGAACACUGGCCGGAUCAAGCCCCACGACGAUGUCAUCCCCGAGAUCGACGUCUGCAAGUGCGAACCCUGGGAUCUCCCAGGUAAGUCCUUGAUCGAGUCGGACGAUCCCGAGUGGUUCUUCUUUGCGCCAAGGGACAGGAAGUACCCGAAUGGGCUCCGGUCCAAGCGGGCCACCGAGGCUGGGUACUGGAAGGCGACGGGGAAGGACCGCGUCAUCCGGUCCAAGGCCACCGCAGCCGCCGCCGCCGCCCCCAUCGGCAUGAAGAAGACCCUCGUCUUCCAUCGCGGCCGCGCUCCCAACGGCGUGCGCACCAACUGGAUCAUGCACGAGUACCGCACCACCGAGCCGGAAUUCGAGGCCGGUGAUCAGGGUGGUUAUGUUCUUUAUCGCUUAUUUAAGAAACCGGAAGAAAACUGUUCAAGCUCCAAUAUUGAUGAAAUGGAGCCGGGUGGUUUCUCUCCGACUACAAAUAAAUACUCCCCGGAUGAUACCAAAUACUUUCCGGAUGAUACCCAACGGGAAACAUAUGCUACGGAAGAAAUUGGAACUCCACGGAACCAUGGAUCUCCAAAAUCAGAUGUACCAGAAGAAUCUGAAUCGUUAGCUGAUCCUGUUGAAAAGCAACCAGAUGUUAGCAAUAAACGUCUUGCUGAUAUGCCUGAUCAUUCAACAAAUUACUCUGCACAUCCUGAUGAGCGUUGCUGCUAUUUGGCUCUACAUGAUCAAGAGGCUGAAGACGGACAGAAGUUUGACAAUCUGCAAGAUGUUCUGGACCAGUUAUGCGACCCAGGGUGCCAGCCAAUAGACUAUGAUAAUUUUCCAAACAUCAGUUCUCCGAUGUUGCCUUACACAGACUAUCCUUUUUUUGGUGAUAUCAAUAAUGAAUUAUUUCCUGUUGAUAAUGCUGAACAAGAUUCUCUGAAUGAUUACUUGAAAGCAGAGCUCAACAGAGAACGGUGUUCAUUAAUACAGAGUGCGGCAAGUAUGCAAUCUUCGGAUUGGUUAUGUGGAACGUCUAAUCAGUCUACUAAUCCGGUGCCUCAGUUGAACACCGAAAAUGCAAGUCUGCCUCCUUAUCACGGCACUGCAGGAGUCUAUUCAGUUGUGCCUACUUCACAAUCCUUGCAAGGUUUGUUUAAUAGCACGGAGAACACAAGCAACCAGGAGACUGUUGCUGGAGAUGGUAAUAAUUUUGAGGAGAUUGGAAUCGAGAUCAGAUCUCGUGGGCUCCAGCUACUUCCAAAUCCAGAUGAUGUAUCUACAACUCAGGGAACUGCAGCAAGAAGGAUUCAUUUGCAAAGUUCAGUCGCAAACAUGCCUUUGCCUAGUUUUGAUGGUGAAUUUAACAUCAGUAAAUGCGAUCACAAAAACAGGGAGGCAACAUUAAAGGAAUUGCAGGUAUUAUGUUCUGAUAGCAGAAAAGAAUCGGAUUUGGAGAAAUAUAAAAUGCACAACGUGGGGAGAGGUACCAAUAUUGGCACUCGGCAAGCACACCACCCUCCAAUUGCAAACAAAUCUGCAAAAAUGGGUACUGCAGCAAGAGGAAUCCGUUUGCGACGCCGAUGCAAAGUUAAGUUACGUUUCAGUACGAAACAUAAAUCAAGCAGUUGCGAAAGCCACAAACACAUGGUGGCAAUUAUGAAGGCAGUUGUGCAUGCAAUUAAUGUCAUGGCUGAAGUUAGGAAGAUUCUAGGGUCCACUCUUCUGGACAAACUUGACAAGUUAUUAGUUCAUGAUAGAGCACCACCGUACUCUUCAGAUGCCUAUGAACUUUCUAAACCUGUGUUGAGGAAGAGAACAAAACCGACGAUUGGCCAUGAGAAUACGUCUAAAGGCUUCCCUGCUUGGCCAAAGCCACCAAGAGGCCACCCCGUUGAUCGGUAUGUGACUUGGUUGAUUCUUUUGGUGGUCCUUUUGCCUUUAUGUCUCGGGAUAAUUCUUUUGGUGGUCCUUUUACCUUUAUGUCUCGGGAUACAAUGGAGCAUGAUCCGUCUAAGUAUUUGGUAUCUUAUGGUCCUGUGUAUUAUCACUUCCACAAGGCUUCUUUCUUCUUGAUAGGUGAAGUGGGUAUGCAUGUACUCAGAAGUAGGGGUUUCAGAUGCUUUGUACUUGUGCCGUCACUCCCUUCUCUCUCUUGUACAUCUCACUCCCGUUGCCCGUCUCCGUCGGCCACUUCGUCGACCACAUCAAGCUUGCCGUCGCCAUGGC